UUUCUCCUAAGCGGGUGAGAGCAAAGGGCAGAGGAUGGAGCCUCCAUUAGCUGCUCUGCUGGUGGUUUUAGUCAGUGUCUCUCUAGCAGCUGACGUGUGCUACGAUGACGUGGGCUGUUUUACCACCGACUACCCGUGGAGUGACGUCAGAAGACCGUUCCCCAACCUUCCACAACCGCCCGAGGAAAUACCCACCAACUUUUAUUUGUAUACGAGGACCGUUCCCAAAAGGACGGCCAUUUUCUACAACGGCACCACCUUCGGCGACUUCUCCGCACAGCGGGAGCGGACGACGUUCGUCAUCCACGGCUUUCAGGGCAGCGGAGACGCCUACUGGAUGAUAGACAUCAAAGAUCUGCUGCUCCAGCAGUACGAUUACAACGUCAUCCUGGUCGAUUGGGCAGUCGGUUCCAGCAUUCCCUACAUUCAAGCCGCUGCCAACGCUCAGCUGGUGGGACGGCAGGUGGCGCUGCUAGUCCACGCUCUAUGCGAUAUAGGUGGCGCUGCGGCGAGCGAUUUCCACCUGAUGUCGCACAGUCUGGGGUCGCAGGUGGCCGGAUAUGCCGGAGCCAGAAUACCCGGUCUGGCCAGGAUCACAGGAUUGGACCCGGGCCAGCCGUAUUUCGAGGGCACACAGCCGGAGGUUCAUCUGGAUUCCACUGAUGCUGAGUUUGUAGACAUCAUACACACCGACGGAAGGGAUCUACUGUAUGUCGGCUUCGGGUUCCAGGGGGUAGGUACGGUGUUAUAAAGGUGCGAACGAUGCUAACAUGAGUAAUGUAUUCUAUAUAGCACCGCUCAAUAAAUCCACCUUGGUGACACGGCGUUUUGGAUUUAUUAAGCGGUGGCUUUAUUAACCGGAGUCGGUUGUGCUUCUAUAUGGAGAAAUCCGAAAACAGCUCAAGUGGCCAGAAUAAGUGGCUGGAUUUAUUAUCCGAGGAUUUAUCAAGCGGAUUCUAUACUGUAUUGAUAGAAUUUCAGGCACACAUACAUAGAGUGAAAAUAACUGGCUUUUACAUUAAAUCCAAUAUGCAUCGCGCAUUGGAAAUGCAUUGGAUCAGGUAUAGUUGAUGAAGGAUAGGAACGUUUCUUUUUGUGUGUACCUAAAUAAUCACCGCUUUGAUUGAAUUUCAGCCCUGUGGAGACGUCGAUUUUUACCCCAACGGUGGUAAAAGCCAGCCGGGUUGCGGCGAUUUUGAGGCCAACGUCGCCUCCCUGAUCUACGAUCUGGAGACAAACAACAUCGACGGUCAACCAUGUCAAACUCGUACCACAAUUAUCAUGUGGUAUCAAAGUCUAGCUGACCGAAGCCGGUCGUUCACAAAAUGGUAUUUGCAUCAUGGUUGAUCUAUACCGAGGGCCAGAAUGGAAUUAAAGAAAAUCGCUGAAAGAAACUCAACUAAUAUCAGACUAAAUGCCAUAAAAAUAUAUGCUAAACACGAUUAGUUCAUUAAAAUGAUUUGAACGCAUGUAAUUAAAACAGUUUUCGUUUUGCAGAGAUCGGUGGCAUUUUCAACUGUCCACACGACAGAUCUCACGAGCUGUUCAUCGCCACUCUCACGGAGCACGAGUGUCCGUUCGUGAGUUUUCCGUGCAAAGAUUACGCUGAGUACGAGUCGGGAGAGUGCCAGCGGCUGGACCGAGCCACCAUUGGACGGAUGGGGAUGGACGCCGAGAAAUACAACCUCAGCGGGAACUAUUAUCUGCAGACGACCGGCGACAAUACCUCAUUUUGCAUGCACUACCUGGAGGUAGAGCUGCAGCUUUCUGAGGACCAGCAGGACGGCAUGGGAAAUCUGGUGUUUGUUAUCGAGACAAACACCACAGCCUCAGAACGGCUGCUAGGAUGGAGUUCUGGCACGAGCUGGUCGUCAGGAACCCAGCUUCGGACCACCGUGCACUCGCCCAUUGACCCCGCCCAGAUGACCUCGCUCAAGGUCACACUGCACGGCCAGGGGGCGGCCGUCAGCCCGCCCCUACUGCCCCGGGCGGUCAAGGUCACCCGGGUCGACAGUCAGCUGACUCUGACGUCACAGGAUCUGUGCACGGAGACGGAGACGCUGCAGGAUAAGGAAACCAUGGUGCUCAGACCGUGCCAGGACUGAUUUAACUAAAACUUGCCGCACCAGGACUUGCCGUUUGAGAUGCGAGGCCUGUGAAUGAAAAAGCUGUUUUUGAAAAUAUGUAUAACAAUAUGAUUAAAACGCAAUGGAUUGGCAUACAAAUAGCGCCGAAGGUCAAAACACGAUGGUAACUUGCUUUCUUUCAAACGUAGCAAACCGAGCAAAACGUAGGCUACGCGAAAUGUAACAAUAAAGACGUAAAUUCAAACAUACCUAUAAGCGAUUAUUCAAAAGACAUCCACAAGACCAAGCCAUGUCCACCUAGAUCAUGUCACCUGUUUUAUCUUCUCCCAGCUGCGCCCACCUAAUAUAGUCAGGGUCACGCCCACCCCCGGCGUGGGAACGGUCCUGCUGUCUAUCAGAGGUCGGUCUGUGGGAGGUCACCGGUCGGCAGUGGUGCCUCUGAGGUCAGUCGGGAGGGUUGGUGGUGAAGAGGGACACAGAGGAUGAGGAUGUUGGUGCCGGUGGUGACGGCGCUGCUGGUCGGAGUGGUGCGCACAGCUGACGUGUGCUACGAUGACGUGGGCUGUUUUACCACCGACUACCCGUGGAGUGACGUCAGAAGACCGUUCCCGAACCUUCCCCAGCCGCCCGAGGAAAUACCGACCAACUUCUACCUCUACACUCGGACGGUUCCCGAGAAGACGGCCAUUUACUACAACAGUACGGAGCUGGGUGACUUUUCUGCACAGCGGGAGCGGACAGUGGUGAUCUGUCACGGGUUUACCGACAGCGGCGAAUCGGGAUGGAUGAACCGCGUCAAGGACCUGCUGCUAGAACAGUACGACUUCAACGUCAUUCUCGUCGACUGGGAGGCUGGCGCAAGGACCCCGUAUCUGCAGGCCACAGCCAACGCUCAACUGGUCGGCCGCCAGAUCGCGCUACUGGUCCACACUCUGACCGAUGUAGGUGGCGCUAGCGUCGCCAACAUCCACCUGAUGGCCCAUAGCCUGGGCUGUCAUGUCAUCGGUUAUGCCGGCGCUCGGAUUCCGGGCCUGGCCAGAAUCACAGGACUGGACCCGGCCCAGCCGUAUUUUGAAGAGACCCAGCCCGAAGUUCAUCUGGACGCCACUGACGCCGAGUUUGUUGACAUCAUUCACACGGACGGAAGAGACAUUAUCUAUAUCGGUAUCGGCUUUAUGGCGUCAUGUGGAGACGUUGAUUUUUAUCCCAACAACGGUAAAAACCAGCCGGGCUGCGGCGACUUCCAGGAGAAUAUUCGGGCUCUUAUCUACGAUCUGGAGACGCUCAACAUCGACGCCAUCAAGGGUCUUUUCGGCUGCCCCCACGACCGCGCUCACGAGCUGUUCAUCGCCACCCUCACGGAGCACGAGUGUCCGUUCGUGAGUUUUCCGUGCAAAGAUUACGCCGAGUACGAGUCGGGAGAGUGCCAGCGGCUGGACCAAGCCACCAUCGGACGGAUGGGGAUGGACGCCGAGAAAUACAACCUCAGCGGGAACUAUUAUCUGCAGACAACCAGCAAUAAGAGCUCCUUCUGCAUGCACUACCUGGAGGUAGAGCUGCAGCUUUCUGAGGACCAGCAGGACGGCAUGGGAAAUCUGGUGUUUGUGAUCGAGACAAAUACCACGGCCUCAGAACGGCUGCCAGGAUGGAGUUCUGGCACGAGCUGGUCGUCAGGAACCCAGCUUCGGACCACCGUGCACUCGCCCAUUGACUCAGCCCAGAUGACCUCGCUCAAGGUCACACUGCACGGCCAGGGGGCGGCCGUCAGCCCGCCCCUACUGCCCCGGGCGGUCAAGGUCACCCGGGUCGACAGUCAGCUGACUCUGACGUCACAGGAUCUGUGCACGGAGACGGAGACGCUGCAGGAUAAGGAAACCAUGGUGCUCAGACCGUGUGAGGAGGAGAACGCAUGAAACCAUUUCGCGAAGGCAUCUGGAAAGGCGAAAUGAACAGUGUGGAACAACGAUAAUAUCUAUGCUUGUUGAAAUCUGGAAGGGAAUAUUACGGUUAAUCAAUCAAGACGAUCAGUUCCAAUGCAGCUACUUGGCCUUGGGGUGCACUUUGAUCUGGUAAAAUAAACAGACCAACACAA